AUGAGUGCAUGGUGCAUUUUUGUGCACUGCAGACAACUGUCCAUGACCGUCGAGGCCCGGGCAAACAAGCUGGUCGCCAGCAGGACACCGCGGGUUUGGUCGUUACAAGAGGGCGUGCAGGACACGGUGCAUUUCUUCUCGCAAACCUUGAUGAGACCAGUGGCCUACUCCUUCAUCGAGGACUUGGACCUCGCGGCUGAGGGCACCGCGGUGGUCUCGGCCAAGCGCUACGAGCUGGACGCGCAGGGCCUCGCGGCGGCGCGCCUGGCCUUCAACUGCGAGGAGGUCUUCAAGGCCAUGUCGGAGUCCGGCGUCUUGAACCGCGGCUCCGACUGCGACGAGCUCAACGGCAUGUUCGACCUCUCCAGCGCCUACAACCAGAUCCCCUACGUGUGGUCGCUGCCGCAUUUCUACCUCGUAGAGGCGCCAGAUUCCACGCAGCACCCUCGCAACAACUUGAUCGGCUUCGUGACCCCCACGGGGCCCCGCUAUCGGAACAUGGCGGUGAUUGAGCCACAUUCCGGACGCGUUUUGGAGCAAAUGUUCAAGGAACAGAUCUCCGUGCGACUCUACAAGGACGACCGAAACUACUUCUUCACCAAGCAAAAGAGUGUGGCCAUUCCCCUCUACUGGCGCAUGAACACGAAGAAUGCCACGCAAGCGGAACGGCAGCUGUUGAGUGAGAUGCAAAGCACCUUCCGAGGACUGGAAGCUGGCUUCAUCGCCUGUAUGAUCUUGGGUGGUGUGAGCUUGCUCGCAGCGCUCUUCGUGGGGAUGUUGCUCUAUCGUGACAACUCGCUUCAGACGGUGCAAGAGAAGCGGAAGCGAAUCCAAGCGGAAUUGGCGGCUGCGAUUCCACCGGACACACGUGAAGACCGCGACGAGGAUGAAGCGGACGAACGCGCAGACUUGAUGUGA